AACAGGCACAGGUAUCAGCCACAGAUCAGACGGCAGUGUAUGCUGGCGUUAGUGUAGGAGUAGUUACCGGUCUUGCCGUCCUCGUUAUUGUGUUGAUCGUACUUCUACGGAGAAAGAGGCUAUCAACGUAUAAGGAAAACUCUCAUGACCAGAGUGAUACAAAGGCUAACAGAAUGCAUUAUUUACCAACCAUACCAAAGAACGCACAUGAGGAGUGUUCGGACGAUCCAAAUGAUGCAGAUAUUGUGAACGAAAGUGGACGUGUCUACGUUAAUAUGCACGACAUUAAUCUCACUACCGACAACGAGGUUGUGUACAGCAACAUUGACGCCAGUAAAAUGCGUAUAAAUGAUCUGCGAUUGAUGAUCUCCAAGAAGAUGAUGAAUAAAGCAGAAGGAUUUCGGGAGGAAUUUAAGAUGUUCCCCGUGGGCGCAGUUCAUCCUCACGAAGUUGGCAAAAAGGCUUCAAACAAAGCCAAAAACAGAUUCAAGACAACAUUCCCAUAUGACCAUUCUAGGAUUAUAUUGGAAAAGUCAGGAAAUGAUAUAGAUACGACUUACAUCAAUGCAAAUUACAUCGAUGGCGUUGAAACAACAAAACAAUACAUAGCCAGUCAAGGACCAAAGCCAAAUACUUUGGACGAUUUCUGGAGGAUGGUGUGGCAGGUCAGCUCCGGGAAGAUUGUGAUGCUAACAAACCUAAUUGAGGGUGGCACAGUCAAAUGUAUUAAAUACUGGCCAGAUGAAGGGGAGCCACUAUCAACUCAAACAUUUCAUUUGAGACUUAACAAGGAGACGACUUAUGCAUUUUACGCCAUCCGUGACAUGUCAGUCAUGCAAAAGAAGACAAAAGAGGAGCGACAAGUUCAACAGUUCCAUUUCAUGACUUGGCCGGAUCAUGGAACCCCUGACACUCUGGAACUUGUUCUUUUCCAUCGUCGAGUAGUGUCACGUGAAACGCACCUCACAGGACAGAUGGUGGUACAUUGCAGUGCAGGUUUAGGUAGAACCGGGACCUUUAUUGCAUUAGAUGCACUUCUCACGAAUGGCAGGGAAACGGGAUAUGUCGAUAUUCCAAGAUACAUUAAGACAAUGAGGAAGGACAGAAUGAAUAUGAUCCAAACCUGUGAUCAAUAUGUUGCGUUGCAUGAGUUACUUGACGAAGGCUUCAAUUUACAACCAUCGCACAUUUCCCGGGAAAAUUUUCCUGCAGUAUUCGCCAAAAUCUGUCCUGGAAAUCAACCUACAAAUCAGACAAGGAUUCAUCAGGAGUUCACGGCAUUGCAAAGCUUCAACCCUAAUUAUCCUCCAAGCUGUUAUUCAGCAGCGAUGAAGAAAAGUAACAAAGACAAGAAUCGAAAAAUGGACAUCCUCGCAGUGGACAAGUUCAGAGCAUUCCUUCAAUCGCAGCAAUCGAAUAGGACCGAUUACAUCAAUGCAGUUGAAGUACAGUCUCACACAUCAAAGUCCGGGUACCUGAUAACACAGUUCCCUUUAGAGAACACAUUUGAUGAUUUUUGGACGAUGGUGUUUGACUAUAGCUGUGAGAAUAUUGUUGUCCUUGGCCAACCUACCGAAUGCUGGUUACAGAAAGACGACGACUCCACAGCAUCAACUAUUUUUUCAUUUACAAAACUGAACGAACGUGAUAUGAAUGACGAUUCAACACUUGCUGAUUACCAAAUAACUGGACAGAGUGACAGUAGAGAGGCAACAGUCAGGAUCUUCACCUUGGCCACGUGGUCAGCGGACUGUUUGCUGCCACCAUCUGACUCGUCCAUACUCCUACUUCUAGAACAGGUGGACAGUCGUAGGCGCUCAGACGAUGCAAAACCUGUAGUCAUUCUGUGUCGGGAUGGGUGCACACAGAGUGGACUGUUCUGUUGUAUAUCAAACAUCAGAGAUCAAAUGAAGAUGGAUGGGGAAGUUGAUAUAUUUCAAACAGCACGUCAGUUGAAAAGGCGACGACCUGAGGCGCUGGAAGAUGUGAAACAAUACCGGUACUGUUACAAGAUCCUGGACCAAUAUAUUGAUUCAACUGAUCUGUAUGUCAACUAA